UCUGCAAAGGCGGGGGGGCGAAGAAGGCGCCCGAGACCGGGCCGAGUGCAGCUGCCGUGGUCGCCGCCUUUUUAGCUCCUCCGGCGUCGGUUCCUCGGCCGGAGCCACAGCGGAGGUGACCAGUGGAGGGAAGACCUGCGCGGAGAGACCGCAGAUGCUUGGAGCCUUCGCAGCGCGGAGCUGCCCGCCGCCCGCCUGCUCCUGCUCGGGCUCCUGGUGCCCGGGCUCCGGGAAUCCCAGCUCCCUGCCGCCGCCGCCGCCUCUGUCGCCCGGCUGCGGGUGUGGGGGCUGCUGGCGCUGAGCCGGGCCUCCGCGCCCGCUCCGAGGACGGACGCCUGAAGAGCUGCGCGCCGCCGGCUCGCCGGGGACGCCCACAGGCGCGGGGCUCGGCGGCUUGACCGGGGGCUCGCCCCGGCCGGGCCGGCCCCAGAGGCCCCUCAUUGGUGUCCCGGAGGCCCCGCCGCAGUGUUCCGAGCGGCCCGGUGAGAGCCCCGCGCCGCCCUCCCUCCUCCGUCGCGGGGUCGCAGACAGACCCUCGGCGCCGCGCCGCCACCGCCUCCCGAGUGCCCGGGCCGCGUUCGGCGGGCCCUUGAGCCGCAGCCAUGGGGUGCUGGGGUCGGAACCGGGGCCGGCUGCUGUGCAUGCUGAUGCUGACCUUCAUGUUCAUGGUGCUGGAGGUGGUGGUGAGUCGGGUGACCUCGUCGCUGGCGAUGCUCUCCGAUUCCUUCCACAUGCUGUCGGACGUGUUGGCGCUGGUGGUGGCGCUGGUGGCCGAGCGCUUCGCCCGGCGGACCCACGCCACCCAGAAGAACACGUUCGGCUGGAUCCGGGCCGAAGUGAUGGGGGCUCUGGUGAACGCCAUCUUCCUGACCGGCCUCUGUUUCGCUAUCCUGCUGGAGGCCACCGAGCGCUUCAUCGAACCGCAUGAGAUGCAGCAGCCUCUGGUGGUCCUCGGGGUCGGCGUGGCGGGGCUGGUGGUCAACGUGCUGGGGCUGUGCCUCUUCCACCAUCACAGCGGCUUCGGCAACGACUCCGGCCACGGCCACUCGCACGGGGGUCACGGCCACGGCCACGGCUUCCCUAAGGGGGUCCGCAGCAAGAGCAACCGCCCCGGGGACAGCGACAACAGCGUGAGCCCAGGCGAGCAGAGAUCUGACCAGGAGGAGACCAAUACCCUGGUGACCAAUAGUAGCAACUCCAACGGGCUGAAACUGGACGGGACAGAUCCAGAAAAGUCCAGAAAUGAUGCAACAGAAAUACAAGUAAAUGGGAAUCUUAUCAGAGAAACUGACACUAUGGAAUUGGAAGAGGAUGAUAAGGCUGGACAACUUAACAUGCGUGGAGUUUUUCUGCAUGUCUUUGGAGAUGCUUUGGGUUCAGUGAUUGUUGUAGUAAAUGCCUUGGUCUUUUACUUUUCUUGGAAAGGUUGCCCUGAAGGGAAGUUCUGUGUGAACCCAUGUACCCCUGACCCCUGCAAAGCAAUUGUAGAAAUGAUGAAUAGUACUCAAGAAACAGUUUAUGAAGCUGGUCCUUGCUGGGUGCUAUAUUUAGACCCAACUCUUUGUAUUGUAAUGGUUUGCAUACUUCUUUACACAACUUAUCCAUUACUUAAGGAAUCUGCUCUUAUUCUUCUACAAACUGUUCCUAAACAAAUUGAUAUCAGACAUUUGAUUAAAGAACUUCGAAAUGUUGAAGGAGUUGAGGAAGUUCAUGAAUUACAUGUUUGGCAACUUGCUGGAAGCAGAAUCAUUGCCACUGCUCACAUAAAAUGUGAAGACCCAACAUCAUAUAUGCAGGUGGCUAAAAUCAUUAAGGACGUUUUUCAUAAUCACGGAAUUCACGCUACUACCAUUCAGCCUGAAUUUGCUAGUGUAGGCUCUAAAUCAAGUGUAGUUCCGUGUGAACUUGCCUGCAGAACUCAGUGUGCUCUGAAGCAAUGCUGUGGGACACGGCCACAAGCCCAUUCUGGAAAGGAUGCAGAAAAGGCCCCGGCAGUUAGCAUUUCUUGUUUAGAACUUAGUGACAAUCUAGAGAAGCCCAGGCGGACUAAAGCUGAAAACAUCCCUGCCGUUGUGAUAGAAUUUAAAAACACGCCAAAUAAACAACCUGAAUCAUCUUUGUGAGUCUUGAAAAAGAUGUGAUAUUUGACUUUUGCUUUAAACUGCAAGAGGAAAAAGACUCCAUUGAAAUUCUAAGUUUGCCAAGUAGUGUAAUUGAAGUCCUUGUCUGGUCACACAGUUUAAUUCUAUUUUUGUAAGAACAUAAUGGGACUGCUUAACAGAGUUCUAUAUUACAACUGUGUAAUUCGUAAUGCAGAGUACAGCUUUGCUGUAACAAUUUUGGGAAGCCAGUUUUAACACUAUGUUACAUUUUUGUUUAAGUAUAAACGUUAUAUAACAUAAUGACAUUUGAUUUCCAGCUUUUCCAUGGUGAAAAAUUAAUUAGGGGGAUAAAUAAAUUAAAAUUGUUACUGGAAUUUCUCUGCUUUUCUUUUCCCCCAGUGUUAUACUUUUUUAAAAAAAAUCAGAAUUAACUGCUAGAACUUUAAAAUCCAACAACUUUAUUUCCUUUGACAUUUUAGGAAAUAUAUCCUUGCCUUUUGAGAUCAUUAUAUAGCAUAAUGACAGCAUAUUUUAAGAGUGACUCCUGGAUAUUAUUAGGAAAAGUUCCUUUUUUUCUUCACAUAGGGUAUAUAUAAUACUAAUGAUCAGUUACAAUCCUGUAUUCUAUAUUGCUGAGUAUUAUUCUAAUAAACAGUGAAAUAGUUAACAAAUCGAACUAUAGUUUACACAUAAAUAGGGCAUAUGGGGAGUAAGAGCACGGAAGAAAGUUUACCAAAUUAAAUAUUUAGGUUAUUGUAAGUUAAUAUUCAGACUACAUUUUUAAAUUAUUCUGAGAAAUUUUCUCUUACCAAAGUUUGUCUAAAAUACAGACAUGUUCACCAGCAUUAAUUUUUUGAAAGAUUGGCAUCAGAAACACUGAGCUGAAAAGUUGACUCACCAAAUAUAUACAGUAAAUAUUUUUAAGGACAGUAAACUCAAAUCUAAUAAUUACGUGUUAAAUGCAAGCUUAUUAAUGGAAUCUCUUAAAUUUGGGGUGUUUUAAAACAACUUGACAGAGUGAAAGUCAUUUCCUAGUGACCAAUUCUGAAUGGAUUCAAAUGCAGCUUUUCCAACAACCAGCAAUGCUUGUGUUUUUCCAAGAGCCACUGACUUGGGAAAAGAAAGAAAUCUGAAGAUUAAUGCAGUUUGGAUAUUAGAUUCUUAAAAAGCAAUAUUAGUUAAAGCUAAUCAGAUUCUGUAAGUCAUCCUGUCUUGACAUUGCUCAGAUCUUCCAAUAGUGGCUUAUUUUUUAAGAGGCCACCGUAUCUACACAGAAAAUUGUUCUUGGCUAUUUUAUUGUUAUGGAUUUUAAAUCCAUACACAAAUGUUAUUUAAGGGUAUUUAAGUUAUAUUUUUCUUGAAAGAGAAAGGUUAUGCUUUGUGAAGAAACUGUAUAGAUUUUUGUCCUCAAAAGGAUGAAUAUUAAUAUCAGUUAUCAUGUAUAGCUCUAUUUUUUUAGACAUAACGUAUCCUGACUACUUCAGUGACUUUUAUAGCUGACUACUUUUGGGAUGGCUACCUUUUGGGGUUUGAAAUAAUUCAUUGUUUAAUGGGUCUUAAGAUGAAAGCGCUGGCCUUUGACAGUUAACUUUUUAAAGGGAUGAUCUGGUAGGUGGUGUUUUAUUUUCUAGUAUAAGCCUAUUGCUGGCAAUGGGCCUGUUUAAGAACAGCUGAUUUUUCCAAUGAGAAUGAGGUAAUUUUAGGAACAAAGUUUGUAAGUUCACAUUUACUAUAAUGGGCCAAAACCAUAACCUGCCAAUUUGCAAUACAUCUUGAUCUUUUAAUACUCUUAUCUGAUAUUGUGUAAUUCAAUUCCUAAACUGGUAGUUACUUUGGAUUUUGUAGAAAUUUUUUUUAAACAUGAAAUCGGGCAAUCUCAUUCGGGUGAAUAAGAGAGAAAGCUUCAAAUUGUACUGUAUCAUGUACAUUCCUGAUUUAAUACUUUCAACUACAAAACUGUUUGUUAUAGAAACAUUUCAGUAAUGAUAUAAUAGGAAAACUGAUAAAGUAUAUAGUCAGUGGAGUUUUCUUUACAAAUACUCUAUUGGGUCUAUUUCUUAAAGGUUGUGUAAUAUAUAAGACAUCAACUGAAUGAGGAUUUUUUAACUGGUGUAGAAGCAUGGGGCAAGGGCUUUUUUUUUUUCCAAACGUGCUUUGAAAGUAGCAGUCUUUAGAUUUCAGUUUCACUUUUCAUAAUUUUUCAGUAGCUCAUAUGUAACAAAGUGGUAUCAUGGGAUUCUCUUUUUUCAAAGGACUUGGUCAUAAUAGCAAAAUCAGUGGGCACUGACUCAACCUUUUGAGUUUUAGGCAGAGAAUUAUUUAUUUCUUUACAAUGCACUUUCUAACCCAUUUUUAGCUAUAUUAGCAUUAUCCUUUUAAAAAAUGCUUUUCUAUUUAAAUAUUGUGGGAUUUAAGUUUCUUUUCUAAAAUAGCUUAUUCCUGAAAGAAAGUGAGGGACAUACCCUGCAUUCUUAGGAGACUUAAACCCAAUAUUUAAAUAUGCUGUUUUAUAACACUGCAUCAGUUUUAGGGGGUGCACCUCUCCGGCUGGCUCUUUUAUAUUUGAGCAAGAUCAGUGUAUUUAGAAUAUGUGUUUAACAACUUGUCUGUUUCGAUUUAGUGAGAAGGUGCUGCAUGUGCCUGAAUUAAAACCAUCCCAGAAAUUUUUCCAAGCCAAAUGCAGCCUUAGUGAUGAGAGAUUUCAUUCUCCAUUUUCACCUUUGAGCUUCUGUGAUUGUUUAAUCAUUUUUUUUAAAGGCAUCGGCAUUGUAAAAGUAUGGACUAGAACCUACAAAAAAAAAGGUCAAAAAACUCCCCAAAACUUUGCUGUAUGUAUUGUAUUUUAGAAAACAAAUGUUUGACGAACUAAGGUAUGUCAUUUGAAUAGGAAAAAUUUCCAUUGAGAGCACCUUUGGAAAGUCACAAUAGAUAGAAGACUAUGUUAACCCAUUUGUGUUUUAUUGAACAUCCUCAGUUAAUUUUGAACUUUUGAAAGUUUUGAGGGAAAAGGCCCAUGGAACCUAAUGUGAAGUUUUUAGUAGGCUAACUGGUAUUGAGUUGAAGAUUUUUACUGUUUAUAAGCAGAUAUUUGAAUGAUAUAAAUGUCAUUUACCUGCUGUCUUAAGAUGUUCUCAUACAUAAAUAUGGAGAAUAAUUCUACAAUAUAGAAAUAUUUAUUUUAAUAGAGUUUCAGUUAAGUCAUAAAACAGUGUUAAAACUCUUGGGAAGGUGGAGGGGUUUUUUGUUUGUUUUUUAAAUUGAAACUGUUAAAUACAGUGUUUGACCAUCUGAAAUGAAAAUUGUAAUAGCACUAUUUUGAUGUCGCUCUGCCGAUAACUAUGUGGCAAUGCUAUUUUGUUUUACUAACAAGCUCUGGAAUAUUUAGCAGUCAUUUUCACUGGCACAAGAGCUUUUUGUAUGUCAUUCAGUUUAAACUUUUAAACCAAAAAUUUUAUGGUCCAGUGUCUUUGGCAAAAAGACACUGGAGGGAAUGUAACAUACAAUUAACAUGUGGUUAUAUAUAAAAACACACGAAUUGCCAUGUUAUGGUUCUGCCUUGAAACAGCACAAUGAAGUGUAUCAGUGUAUUCUGUGAUCCUUUAUGAAACUUUCAUGUUGUGUUGUUUUGUGUCUCCAUAGCCUGUUGUUUGGGCCAGAUGUGGCAACAGUUAAAUGCAACUAUCAUUUCAUUAAAUGCAGAUGCACAUAAACUGUUGUUAGUGCUGCAACAUAUUACCUAACAUUUGGUAUGUUUUAUGACUGUGCAUUGUUUUCCAAAGCUGUUCCUACCUCACCCAUGAGGCUUUAUGGAUUGUUAUGUAUUAUAAAUGUUCUUUAUGAGACAGACUACUGUGUUUCUUCUCAUUUAUUAAAAGUUAAGUAGAAAAAUAAACUAAUUUUUAAAUA